AUGAAUUAUAUCAAUCACCCGUACCCGUUCGCGAGCCAUCCGGGUAUGCUCCACGGACAGCCCAUGGAGCAGCCCAUUGCCUAUGAUCCGGCAAUGGUCCACCCGACCAUGAUGCACCCGAUGGACGGCUACCUCUACCCCCACCCUCACUUUGACAUGGUCGACUAUUAUCAUCAGCCGAUCAUGGACUACGAAGAAUAUGCCGAAAACCUGUCCCGGCCGAGGUUGACCAAGGAGCAGGUGGAGACUCUAGAAGCUCAAUUCCAGGCCCACCCCAAGCCGAGCAGCAACGUAAAGCGCCAGCUCGCUGCUCAAACAAACCUCAGCCUUCCUCGAGUUGCUAAUUGGUUCCAGAAUCGACGAGCCAAGGCGAAGCAGCAGAAGCGACAGGAAGAAUAUGAGCGGAUGCAAAAGGCAAAGGCGGAAGCCGAAGAGGCGGCCAAGGGGAAAUCCGAACCUUCGACAUCAGAGAUCGUCAAAUCUAGCGAUGAGAAGAAACCACAGAUCGAAAACAAGGACACGACUUCCGAACCCUCGUCACCCACGCCUGCCAGCAAGAAGCAAACUUCAAGUGCCUCGAGCUCGAAGCACCACCACACCCCAAGUGAAUCGGCCCGUCAAGCUAGUCUUGCUUCCUUGCAAAGAGCCCUGAACGCUGCGGCCGCUGCCCAGUAUGGUCCGGACGGUCAUAGCACCGUAAUAAGCAUGGACGGAUCAGUGUCCCCUACCACAACGAUGCCGCAAGAUAGUGAUGCUAUGUGGGGCUCCGCGACCUCUACCGGACAAUUGGUCGUUCCCAACAGCGCGCAUUCGCUCGUUGACUACCGUUCAGCCAGCGACGCGGGAAUCCCUUACGACUCGAUGCAAUAUGCUCUACAAGCAGACGUGGCUAUUACCCGACGGGGCUCGUCAGAUGCGCUUGCUGACUCAUUGGAAGGCAUUGGCGUCAAUGGCAGCUCGCACGGUCUGUCACAGCUCGGAAACCGCACCGACCGGGCGCCGGCCUGGAGGGAAGCCGGCAAGGAGCUCGACCUUGCUGCUCGCCGAAAGCGACCACGACCCGCCGCAAUCGGCACGUCAAGAUCGUGCACCAUGCUGUCGGGAGCCGCGGCCAUGUCGCCGACCACACGGAUGCCUGGCUACGGUAGCGUUAAGCACUCCAAAUCCACACAGAGCCUCAACUCGCGCUAUGCGGGUGUACGGAAAGCCUCGGCGCAGCGAUCACCUCUGAACCUGUCGACCUUUGCCGAAGCCGGCGUGCUGAGCUCUGCAAAGACCGAAAUGUCAACCAUGCUGCAGCCGGUCACGACAAGCACACUUGCGCCGCCCACACCUCUGACUCCAGAGGAGCUACAUCACCUGCUCCCAAACACUCCCACUACCGAUGGCUACUGCUUGUCUGCGCAGCCGACCAGCCACCUCUUCCCCACGACUCAGCCCAUGCAGAUUAGCAUUGCAUCUCCUCCGGCCACGCCGUUGGGCAUGGAAAUGAUCUCUCCUUAUCAAUACCAAGGUCUCGCGCCGCCCAUGUCAGCGCCCGCCCACUACACAUCAUUUCCGGAUUAUACCUGCGACGGUAGUUUAGGCGGAAGAAGUUGGGAAGGCACAGCGAUGCCGUCGCCGGAGGCCUCGUUCCAGAACCAGUGCCAGGUAGACAUGUCAAUGUCAUAUACGCGGGCUCUCGAGGACCACACGGACAGCGCGUCAGGGUCCCCGUUUUGCGCAACCAGCGAGCUUGACCUGCACACGCCGGGUGACGCCAAGGCUACGGAGUUCCACCUGUACGAAUUCCCGGACCAAGAGGAAGCCCACCGAUUCGUGGCGCAGCAGCUCCCGUCCCAGAAACCCAAGGAGUACACGUUCGCAGACAACCGGACCCCGACCAAUUUCGGUUGA